GGACCAACGGACCGCUCGCGAGAAAUUCAAACGUUCAAACUUAGCCCCGCCCCUGGCUCAACUAUAAGUACUGGUGCCUCUUUCCCUCCGCAGAGCACUGCAGUUCAUUUCUUCAACAGACAACCUAACGUCAGCGAAGAAAAACUUCAAACAUGAGAGAGUGUAUUUCCAUGCACGUUGGCCAGGCAGGUGUCCAGAUGGGCAAUGCCUGCUGGGAACUGUACUGCCUGGAGCACGGCAUCCAGCCCGAUGGCCAGAUGCCCAGCGCCAAGACCAUCGGAGGCGGCGACGACUCCUAUAACACCUUUUUCAGCGAGACCGGCGCCGGCAAGCAUGUCCCCAGAGCGAUCUUUGUAGAUUUGGAGCCGACCGUCAUCGAUGAAAUCCGCUCAGGGACGUACCGCCAGCUCUUUCAUCCCGAGCAGUUGAUCACCGGGAAGGAGGACGCGGCCAACAACUACGCUCGCGGUCACUACACUGUCGGAAAAGAGAUCAUCGAUCUGGUCCUUGAUAGAACUCGCAAACUGGCUGAUCAGUGCACAGGCCUACAAGGAUUUCUCAUCUUCCACUCCUUCGGCGGCGGAACGGGCUCGGGCUUCACCUCCCUGCUGAUGGAGCGCCUGUCGGUGGACUACGGCAAGAAGUCCAAGCUGGAGUUUGCCGUGUACCCCGCCCCCCAGGUGUCGACGGCGGUGGUGGAGCCCUACAACUCCAUCCUGACCACCCACACGACACUGGAGCACUCGGACUGCGCCUUCAUGGUGGACAACGAGGCCAUCUACGACAUCUGCCGCCGGAACCUGGACAUCGAGCGGCCCUCCUACACCAACCUCAACCGGUUGAUCGGGCAGAUCGUGUCAUCCAUCACCGCCUCGCUGCGCUUCGACGGCGCCCUCAACGUGGACCUGACUGAGUUCCAGACCAACCUGGUGCCCUACCCGCGCAUCCACUUCCCCCUGGUCACCUAUGCACCCGUCAUCUCUGCCGAGAAGGCCUACCACGAGCAGCUGACGGUGGCCGACAUCACCAACUCCUGCUUCGAGCCGGCCAACCAAAUGGUCAAGUGCGACCCCCGCCACGGCAAGUACAUGGCCUGCUGCCUGCUGUACCGAGGAGACGUGGUGCCCAAGGACGUCAACUCGGCCAUCAGCCACAUCAAAACCAAGCGCUCCAUCCAGUUUGUGGACUGGUGCCCCACCGGCUUCAAGGUUGGCAUCAACUACCAACCUCCCACCGUGGUUCCCGGCGGAGACCUGGCCAAGGUGCAGCGGGCCGUCUGCAUGCUGAGCAACACCACCGCCAUCGCCGAGGCCUGGGCCCGGCUUGACCACAAGUUCGACCUGAUGUACGCCAAGCGCGCCUUCGUACACUGGUACGUGGGCGAGGGCAUGGAGGAGGGGGAGUUCUCCGAGGCCAGGGAAGACAUGGCCGCCCUGGAAAAAGAUUACGAGGAGGUGGGCACCGACAGCCUGGCGGAUGACGAGGAAGGCGAAGAGUAUUAGCGCGUUCAAAAUGUUUCCUUAUUUGUGUUCUGGCCUGUUGCACACACGGCUAACAAUCUUUUCGAAGAUUUGUUAAAUACCAGGCCGUCGUCUGUUGUGUAUUCUGUUCUCUCUUUUGUUCCGUGACUGAGAAAGCACAUGACCUUAAGGGGCAAAUGUGUUCAUAUCAAUUUAUUAACUGUAGUCUAAAGCACCCCAUUUUGUUUCCGACACCCGGAAUACUUGAUUAAAAUGUUCAAAACAA